AAGAAACGGACGACAACUCCCAAAGAGCUUGUCGCUUCGUCCAACAACCGCCUGCCAGCAAAUAACUAGUUUUUGCGAAGUCUCUGGUAUGCUGCUUGUUAGGCACCGUUUGUGCCCGACGGCUCGACUAGGAUGCAUGCUUCUGCAUCCAAAAAGCCAAUUAUUAAUGGAAACUCCCCUGGCGUCAUCCGUCGGGUCGCCUCACGAGUCAAUGAGCCAAGGUGCUCGUUCGCUGCAAAGUAGCAUGAAGUCCGCUCCUGAAUGGCUGGUUUGGGGCUUUCAGUUCCCAUCGCCAAAAAAAUAUCUCGAGUUUUGACCGGUUUCUUCAAGGUUGAAAGCCCCCAGGGCGCGACGUAGAUGCCAAAGGGUAAUGUUGAUACGGUGGGUGUGACCAUGUUUCGUGUCGAUUUCAUUGGCGCUUGCAAAACACGCCAACCGUUUCCUAUCAACCAGUGAUUGUUCGCGCCCAGGGAUGAUCAGAAACAAAUAACCACGUCUUGCGGUUGGAAUAUUCAGGUCACUCUGACCAAGACCACAAGGAGGAGUAUCAAUCGCCGUUUCUCCAACCGUCUCCUUUGAAUUCUCAGUGCCAUAUCGAAUUGUUCUCGGCAUUUCGGGCUUUUUUGGAACAUUAUGACGUAUAUUUGCAUUCCAACCUGGCUGUUCAUAAAGCCAUUUCACAUUCCAAGCCAGACGCUGGCCGCCACUGCCUAUCAAUCGCUUAUGAACAACUCAUCGCGGGGAAAACUGACGACUGAGAACUUUCCAAAACAAAUUGCAAAGCUGGCUUGUCCCUGACGAUUUGUCUUUUCGAGCCUAAUUACCAAUCAAGUUGAACCGCCUAGUCGGUUUGGUAUCAACUGCUCCGAAUUCUGAACCGGAAACCAGCGAUUUCCAUCCCACAACAUCUGAGUUCUAACACCAAUUUUGCCCAACUUCUAGGUAUGUUUUAAUCAAGGGGUUGAGGGCAGCGAAAUACAGGUUGUAGAAGGAAAGCUAUUGGUGGGAAGCUGCACUUUAACUCCAUCAUUUCAACUCCCUGAAAGUUAAAAAGGCAGUUCUUUACCAUCCAAGGUUGGAGGGAGUGAGGCGCAGAAUAGGGUCAAGUUGGGUAUAAAUAAGCUACCCUCCCAACCGAAACUCCGCCUGUCAUUUGUCAGUCCCGUCGUGUUCAGACGCGAUUGGCCUCCGCCUUGCCCGUCUUCCCGACUCUGGGUCAAACCUUUUAAUGUCCCCAUCCCGUUCCUGAGCUUACCAUUUCGUAAACUUAGGAACUGAAUCCAAAAUUGUUCCCAGACGAUGGAGGCCCCAACUGAGAUUGAUCACUAUCAGGUCCUUGGUCUCACACAAUCCGCGACGGCGGCAGAGAUCAAAAAAGCGUACCGAAAAAAAUUACUGACGACCCACCCGGACAAGAACCCAGGGAUAUCAGCGGAUGAAUUCUGCAAGGUGCAAGAGGCAUUCGAAACGCUCCAAGAUGACGAAAAACGAAGAGUUUUCGACUUAAUGUAUGACGACAUUCGGGAGCAGUGGGACCUGUAUGCGCGGGGGGAAACUCGGGGACGAAAGGAAAAGAAAGCCCCAAGCAACCCACCCUACUCACGACCAGCGCCCGCACCAGAGAAGCAUUUUUCAGCACGAAGAACAAGUCCUGCAACGCCAACGUUCCGGGUUCACUCCCCAGAACCACGCAUGCGAACUAAAGCGCGCAGAUCGCACUCACCCCCUCAAAGAACCAAAACACGCUCACCAUCCCCCCAACUACGACAUUCUUACAAGUGUCACCGCCCAUGGAAAUCAGAUUUGCCAUCGCAGAAACGCGACCCAUCACCGAAGCGACACACAUACUCACAAUCGGCCCCGUCGUAUAGUUACAAAACUAUCAGACCCCGAUGGGCCGCUAAUGACGAAGUUCCCGUCAUAACACCUAAAUCACACCGACGCGAUGAACAACCAGAGUAUGAAGAAGUCCACCAACGCAGCCCGCGUAGCCCGCGUAGCCCGCAUACCCCAACCCGAACCCAAACAACCCCAGCCACGCUCUACGCCGAAACCUACCCGGAUUACUACGUGCAGCAAGCGACAGCUACAGCAGUACUAAUUGAGCCGCGUAGUCAGUAUACGCCAUAUAAAACUAUAACACCCGUCACAGUUGAAAGACCAAGACCCGCGCCAUCGCCAUACGAUACCGUGACAAUCCAACCGUCAUACAGCUAUGCAUACUGCCCACAAUACGAAUACCCAGUGCUCGUAGGCAGUAGCCGACGAUUAGGGAGCGUCGUUGAUAUGCGAUAUGCCCCAACACUGAGGAUGCAGCGCUUUAAUUCUAACGUUUUCUAAGUGUGAGAAAUUUUCCGGUAUACCGUAUUUGCGGUGUUUUAGUGGCGUUGGAGGUUGUUCCGUUCCACAACCGCUAGCAUAACGGGGGUGCCAUGAGGUCUUAAUACCACAUCACCUUUUGCGGGCCCUUUUCGGUGUCUGAUCGCGAGGACUAUUGAUCGGGGGGAUAACGGGCUGGCAUGUGGUUAUGAUUCAGGGCUCAUGGGCAAAUGAUACGAAAAAACAGACACAUUGAUAACGACAGGAAACAGCGAGAUGAAUUUUCAUCAUUUACUAUAUUUUGCACUUAUGUUUGACCUUUGGCACUAUGAUACGAUACGCGCUUGUGUAACAGGGCUAUUGGCUGGAGGAUAUUCUUUGGUCUUCGUUCCCCUCUUUUUUUUUCCACUCUAUUACUUCAUUCUCCAUUCCUCCUUUAUACCACUCUCGAGUCUUCUUCUUCUUCUUAUGCCACAUUUACGGACACCUUUUUACCUUUAGUGCUUUUAUCUUCUGUAAUCUCCCCUUCAUUCUACUUCUUUGAUAUCCUUUCUUAUUUUCUGGGGAUUUGGGUUGGGGGCUGGGACUGGGUUGGUGAUAGGAUUUUGGUAGAGGGUUUCUACUGGUCGGUUCCUGGGGAAUUUCAUUAUUACAAUUAGUAGCCUUGUUAUGAUUUAAAGAUCAUUACGGUGCAAUCCUGUGAUUUAAAGAUAGCAGCUAUACACAAGUCAUUUACAUAAUAGGAUAUAUAUACUGCUACCGCCGCGUUUCUGGUCAUUAUUGGCAUUUCCUUGUUAUUUCCAAAAUAUUAAAAUCAGCAAAUCACUCAGUUACGC